AUGUCCAUCUCGCCGCCGCCGCCGCUUGCAGCCAAUCAGGAGGCGCCACGUCAGCUCCCAGCCGCCUCCAUCGUGCCUCCUCUCUCCUCCCGCCGCCGCGGCCCGCCCGGGCCUGGGGCUGGCCCGCUAGGCCCAUCGGGGCCCGAGGCGCCCAGAUCCGCGCCGCCAGCGCUCGCCUCCCGAGCUCCCUCGCCGCCUCCACCGCCUCUUCACGCCGCCCGCCUGGCCCGUCGCCUACUCCGGCGCCGGCCGCCGCCGUCGGCCGCGGCCCCGCUCCCGCCGUCCGCGCCCUCGCCGGCACGCCUGUGCUCCGCCGCCCGCGCCUCCCCGCGCUCGCCGGCCGGAGUCGAGCCGUCCCCGCGCCGCCCGACCUUCCCGCCGCCGUGCGCCAUCGCCCUGUCCUCGCCGCCCCUCGCCGGCCCCGCCGCCUCCACGUCGCGGCCGCGCCUUCCUGUCGUCCCCGUUCUCAGCUCCGGCGACGAGCCCCGAGCCCCGAGCCCGAUCUGGACGAGCCCCGCGUUGACUUCGCCCCCCCCCCUCGAGGUCGUUUUUUCUGCCAAGUCCUGUUAA